CGGUAAGAGCCGGGGAGAGGGGCCCGGCCCCGCGGAGCCCCGGCGACGGGCGGAAGUGGCGCUCACCAUAGCGCCGGCGGGAGCGCGCCGCCCCCCCCGCCUCUGGCAUUUCCGGCCGGGCGGCCGUCACAUCCGGGCGGCGGAGAUGCCGGUUAAACUGAAUAUUUGUGCAACACAGCUUCUUGCAGAAGGACCACCGUGCUGUUUUACACUUAGGAAAAUAUGAGAAUAAGCAGGGAGAGUUGUUCUCUCUGAACUAAAACAAACAAACCCCCCCCCGUGCCUUGCUGAGGACAGCUGCAGGAAUCGGACACUUGAAUCAAUGUUAUCGGAUGAGUUAGAAUCCAAACCUGAGCUGCUGGUUCAGUUUGUUCAGAAUACAUCUAUUCCACUGGGGCAAGGGCUGGUGGAAUCGGAACCAAAAGACAUCACCUGUCUUUCUCUCCUUCCUGUGACUGAGACCUCAGAAUGCAACAGACUCAUGUUGCCAGAUGAUGAAAGAGAUCUCACUUCUCCAAGUCACACUAACUCUUCCAAAGAUGUUUCUUCAUCUGCUGUCUUGAGAAGUCUCCAGGUAAAUGUGGGCCCUGAUGGAGAGGAAACAAGGGCACAGAAUGUACAGAAACCAUCUGAACUUCUGUCAACUCCAGAGACUUCCAGUUUAUUGCAAGACCUCCAGCCCGGUGACAGCACUUCAUUUAUUCUUCUCAACCUAACAAGAGCAGGGCUGGGGUCUCCAGCAGAGCACUUGGUGUUUGUUCAAGAUGAAGCAGAAGAUUCUGGAAAUGACUUUCUCUCUCACGAUAGCACAGACAGCAGUACCCCAUGGUUCCUACGAGUGCAAGAAUUGGCCCAUGACAGUUUAAUUGCUGCCACUCGGGCACAGCUUGCUAAGAAUGCCAAAGCAAGCAAUAAUGGUGAAAAUGUUCAUCUUUGCUCAGGAGAUGGGCAGCCGAAAGACUCUAGCCCCAUUCCUCAUUUAUCUCGUGUGGAAAGGAAGCUGAAGUGCACAGUUGAGGGCUGCGAUCGGACAUUUGUGUGGCCAGCUCACUUCAAGUAUCAUCUGAAAACACACCGGAAUGACCGCUCCUUCACCUGCCCAGCAGAAGGUUGUGGAAAAAGUUUCUACGUCUUGCAGAGGCUGAAGGUGCACAUGAGAACUCACAACGGUGAAAAACCUUUUGUGUGCACAGAGCUGGGCUGCGGGAAACAGUUCACAACAGCUGGAAAUCUGAAGAACCACCUACGAAUUCACACCGGGGAAAAACCCUUUCUGUGUGAGGCACAGGGAUGUGGUCGCUCCUUUGCCGAAUACUCCAGCCUUCGGAAACAUUUGGUUGUCCACUCGGGAGUGAAGCCCCAUCAGUGCCAAAUUUGUGGGAAGACAUUUUCCCAGAGUGGUAGCAGAAAUGUGCAUAUGAGGAAACACCACUCCCGAAUUGGAGCGGCUGGCAGCAGAGAGCGAGAGCAGCCAGAGUCGCUGAUGGGCAGCAGUUUGCUGGAAGAAUCUACAGUGCAUAGUAAGAACCUCAUCUCCAUGAACUCUCAGCCCAGCCUUGGUGUUGAGUCGCUGCACCUGCCGGACACCGAGUCUAUCAUUGGAGUAGAGGAGGGCGAGACCAGCUGCUCUUUUUUCCGCCCUCUUAUAUGCGGUGACUGAAGUGGGAUCGCUCGUUCCUCCCAGAGGCUCGCCAUGUCGCAGUGGGAUGAGUGAACACUGCUUUAUCGGUGCACGGAGCCGGUGGGUAGGUGGAGAACGAAUCCUAAAACUGGAGCUGGAGAAGACCUACCGGACCAAGUUUCUCUCUUGCAGCGCUUAAAAGGUGAAGUCUGCUGCUUAGGUGUCAUUUAGCCCAUGUCGUGGAACGCCAUGUUAAAACUGUUUAUGCAGUCCAUUCUCCUAAAGCCUAAAGUGUUUGUUUUGCUGGAGCACUGGGAGCCCCAGUUAAGGACCAGGACCUCAUUGUGCUAGGCACCAACAUCCAGUAUCUUGAGCAACAGGCCUUCCUCCCAUCCUUGACCUUCAGAGACUAUAUUCUAAUACAUCUCACUGUCAGAAGCUGACUUACUAUCUGAAAUAAAUGUACUACUUGAUAUCAUUUAA